GUGAGAGCUGAUUGAGAGCAUGAGUGCGAGAAUUUUCACGCGAAACAAAAAUACAACUCCACGUAUUUAGCAGGAAUUAAAUUUCCAUUUUGUCAAAAUUCCCGUACGAAAACUCGGUGAAAGUAAUUGAAGCAUAUUGUGUACGUGCACAUAGUAAAAGUCGCAAGUGAAGGAGACAAAGCGAUACGGAAAUAAGUUUACUUCACAAGGUCACUGCUCAUUUCUUGACAAAGGAUUUGUGAUUUGUUGAAUCAUGCCAAAGAACAAGGGAAAGGGAGGUAAAAAUCGUCGUCGAGGGAAGAAUGAGAAUGAGACAGAGAAACGUGAAUUGGUUUUCAAAGAGGACGGUCAGGAAUACGCCCAAGUGACCAAGAUGCUUGGAAACGGACGACUUGAAGCGAUGUGCUUUGAUGGUAAUGGGACCAAGAGGCUGUGUCACAUUCGAGGAAAGUUGAGGAAGAAGGUUUGGAUUAACACGGGUGAUAUUAUCCUCGUGGGGUUGAGAGACUAUCAGGACGCUAAGGCUGACGUCAUCCUCAAGUACACUCCUGAUGAGGCCCGCAAUCUCAAGUCUUACGGUGAAUUUCCAGAGUCUGUCAAGAUCAACGAGACUGUCACUUUCGUCGACGAGGGAAUGGAUGACGACAUUGAAUUCGACGAGAUGUCGGACGAAGAGUCAAGUGACGAUGAUAUCGACAACAUUUAAGUUAAUCCAAAUACCAACAAACACUAACAACAUCGUUAAAAUUUUUCCUAUUCACAUGGCUGAUGCAUAUAGUAAUCAAACUUUUUAGUGAUUACUGUAUUUUUGAUUUUAAAAGUAUUAUUUAAUAAUCAUCCAAUUUAAAUCCGUAAAUAAAUUCGAUUUCCAACAAAAA